AUGGAAAAAUACGGACCCAGGACCCAGGACCCAGGACCCAGGACCCAGGACCCAGGACCCAGGACCCAGGACCCAGGACCCAGGACCCAGGACCCAGGACCCAGGACCCAGGACCCAGGACCCAGGACCCAGGACCCAGGACCCAGGACCCAGGACCCAGGACCCAGGACCCAGGACCCAGGACCCAGGACCCAGGACCCAGGUAUUUUUUCCUUCACUUCCCCCUCCUUUAUAGUAUUCUCCCUGAGGUCACAGGAUGAUAAACCAUUUCACGUUUUUUAA